GAAAGCGGAUCACAGAUACGACUGAGUCAUUUUGCAAAACCAACGCCCCGGUUUCUGGAGAAAAAAAAAAAACAUAACCGUCUUCUGCUGUAGGUCGCGCAGUUGUUCUCGUAUUAUCCUCCUGGAAUCAUGAACAAUGCUGGGCUCCUGCUCCCCUUCAUCCUCUCCUCCCUGGUGUCUACAACCUUUUCUCUGUCAUGCAUGGAAUGUACUGUGCAAGGAGAAAAACAGUGCCAAGGACCCUCAGUUACCUGUCCUGCAGAAUUUGAUGCCUGUGUUGCAACCUUAGAGAGUAAUACUAAAGAUGGAAAGGAUGUGACGUACAGACAGUACUGCGGGAAGAGAAGUACCUGCUCUUAUGGUGGAACUCUGACCACAAACCUUGGUGUAAAAAGAGUCAGUAGCAGUUGCUGCUUUAUGAAUAACUGUUCUCCUCCGAUGCCGAAGUUACCCACAGAAAAAACUGACAAGAACGGGGUUUCCUGUAAGGCCUGCAGUGAAGAGAAGGGGACAACGUGUGAGCCGAGCACCACUAUAGAAUGCACCGGGGACGAGAAGGAAUGUGUGUCAAUGACCGUCACCAACAAAGGACUAAUGUCAUCAAGUGCUUUACGUGGUUGCGGUACGGCAACAUGGUGCAGCGUUAAGGAUCGGGAACUUCUAUUUGGCGGCCAGAUAACUGAAGUCAGCAUUACCUGCUCCGGUGGGCAUACUGCCCUCCCCCCAGGCCUGCCUCUCAUGCUGCUGGCUGCCAUUUUUAUCAUAAAAGUCAUUUAUUAAGCCCUCAGAUGUGCUGCAUCUGCAGCAAAACAUCCAAAUGUUCCGAGUGCAAUCAUUGUGGAAGGGAUGUCCCGAUAAAGAAACUGGUAUUGGCGCAGAUACCGGACAUUUGCACAAGUAAUUGCACUCUUACAAAUGUCCCGACACUGAACGGUUAAAAAAAAGUCAUACUUACCUAACCCAGUACCGUGUAGCUCCCGCUCCAGGAACUUCGAUCAUUGCUACUUCAGAGACAAGCUAUCUUAGCAGCACCUGCCCACUCAGCCAAUCACUGGUCCCUACGGUGUCGCGCUGUCACUGAUUGGCUGAGCGUCUGGAUCUUGCCAAGAUGGCUCAUCUCGGAAGUAGCAUAGAGUAGUAGGGGAUCAGAAGUUGUUGCAAAGGGAUCUGCGCUUGGCUGAGUUAGGUAAGUACUCUUUUUAUGAUGCUGGAAUCUCCCUUUAAUGUUUUACAUACCUGCAUGUUAUAAAGCAGAGGUCCCCACCCCAGUCCUCCAGGCCGAUCAACAGUUCAAAAUUUGAUUUUUCCCCCUGUUCUAUUCCAAUGGAGUUACUGAGGAAAACAGGAAUGUUGGUGGCCUUUGAGGACUGGGUUGGGGACCACUGCUCUGAAGGCUUUGUCCUGUUUGGAAUCACUGAUACUGUAUAUUGUAAAGUCUGGUACCUACUAUAUCCAGGACUCCAUCUUUAGAGCCAUAGAUAGUAUCACAUGAUUCUUCUCAGCCAAUUAGCAGCACUAGAUAGAAAUCAUGUGAUUCCUGUGGGCCCAGGAAGGGCUGUUUGAUACUUUGGGGUCUCUUUGGCACUGGGAUGUAAUAUUGGGGGGCAGUCACAUUCAGGCCCUGAGACUCCGGUAUUAUAAAUGGUAGAUGGGGGAUCUAUGAGAUAUUGUACAUUGAGGCCCAGAAGUUAUUCCUCUAGUUUAAAGGGGUACUCCGGCCCUAAGACAUCUUAUCCCUUAUCCAAAGGAUAGGGGUUAAGAUGUCGCUUAGGGGACCCCGGCAAUCUUGCAUUCGGCACCCACUUCUUUGAGAUGCAUGCCACACUGCCAGCUCACAAACUGGCGGGUGCCGACCACGGGGCCGGAG